CAGGCCCCCGGUGCCCGCGCCCGCCCCGCGGCCCGCUCUCCCUGCCCGCCCCGGCUCCGCUCGCGUCGCCCGCGCAGCCCGCCGCCGCCGCCGCCGCGGGCAGACCCAGCACGCCGGCUCGGCUCGGCUCGGCUCCGGUGAGCGCCGCGGCCAUGCAGCGCCGGGGCGCCCUGUUCGGCGUGCCGGGCGGCAGCGGCAGCAGGAAGAUGGCUGCAGGGGACAUCGGCGAGCUGCUGGUGCCCCACAUGCCCACGAUCCGCGUGCCCAGGUCCGGGGACAGGGUGUACAAGAACGAAUGCGCCUUCUCCUACGACUCGCCGAAUUCUGAAGGUGGACUCUAUGUAUGCAUGAAUACAUUUUUGGCCUUUGGAAGGGAACACGUUGAAAGACAUUUUCGAAAAACUGGACAGAGUGUGUACAUGCACCUGAAAAGACAUGUGCGAGAGAAGGUAAAAGGGGCGUCUGGUGGAGCUUUACCAAAAAGGAGGAAUUCCAAGAUUUUUUUAGAUCUAGAUACUGAUGACGAUUUAAAUAGCGACGAUUAUGAAUAUGAAGAUGAAGCCAAACUUGUUAUAUUCCCAGACCACUAUGAAAUAGCACUACCAAAUAUUGAGGAGUUACCUGCCCUGGUAACAAUUGCUUGUGAUGCAGUUCUGAGCUCAAAAUCUCCGUACAGGAAGCAGGACCCCGACACGUGGGAGAACGAAUUGCCGGUGUCCAAGUACGCCAGUAACCUCGCCCAGCUGGACAAUGGGGUCCGGAUUCCUCCAAGCGGCUGGAAGUGUGCCAGGUGUGACCUGCGGGAAAACCUCUGGUUGAAUCUGACCGAUGGCUCCGUGCUGUGUGGGAAGUGGUUCUUUGACAGCUCCGGGGGCAACGGGCACGCGCUGGAGCAUUACAGAGACAUGGGCUACCCUCUCGCGGUGAAGCUGGGAACCAUCACUCCUGACGGGGCGGACGUUUAUUCUUUUCAAGAAGAGGAACCUGUUUUGGACCCCCAUUUGGCCAAGCACCUGGCGCAUUUUGGAAUUGACAUGCUUCACAUGCACGGGACAGAGAACGGGCUCCGGGACAAUGACUUCAAGCCGCGGGUCAGUGAGUGGGAAGUGAUCCAGGAGACAGGGACGAAGCUGAAGCCCAUGUACGGCCCUGGGUACACGGGCCUCAAGAACCUGGGCAACAGCUGCUACCUCAGCUCCGUCAUGCAGGCCAUCUUCAGCAUCCCGGAAUUCCAGAGAGCGUACGUAGGGAAUCUCCCAAGAAUAUUUGACUACUCUCCUUUAGAUCCAACACAGGAUUUCAACACACAGAUGACUAAGCUAGGACAUGGCCUUCUCUCAGGCCAGUAUUCGAAACCUCCCAUGAAAUCCGAACUCAUCGAACAGGUGAUGAAAGAGGAACAGAAGCUGCUCCGGUGCAGACUGGCAGGCCACACCGAGCUGGAAGCAUGGCCUGUAAGAAGCGAGAAAGGACACCAUCCGGAAAAGUCACUUCAACAGAAUGGGAUCUCUCCACGCAUGUUUAAGGCCUUUGUAAGCAAGAGUCACCCGGAAUUCUCCUCUAACAGACAGCAAGAUGCCCAGGAAUUCUUCUUGCACCUAGUUAAUCUAGUAGAGAGGAACCGCAUUGGCUCAGAAAAUCCAAGCGAUGUUUUUCGGUUUUUGGUGGAAGAACGCAUUCAGUGCUGUCAGACCCGAAAAGUGCGCUACACGGAGAGGGUGGAUUACCUGAUGCAGUUACCUGUGGCCAUGGAGGCGGCAACCAACAAGGAUGAGCUGAUCGCCUACGAAUUAACGAGAAGGGAAGCAGAAGCGAACAGAAGACCCCUUCCUGAGUUGGUUCGCGCCAAGAUACCAUUUAGUGCCUGCCUUCAGGCCUUUUCCGAACCAGAAAACGUGGAUGAUUUCUGGAGUAGUGCCCUUCAGGCAAAGUCUGCGGGUGUGAAAACGUCUCGCUUUGCCUCAUUUCCCGAAUACUUGGUAGUGCAGAUAAAGAAGUUCACUUUUGGCCUCGACUGGGUUCCCAAAAAAUUUGAUGUUUCCAUUGACAUGCCAGACCUACUUGAUAUCAGCCAUCUCCGAGCCCGGGGGUUACAGCCAGGAGAAGAGGAGCUUCCGGACAUCAGCCCCCCCAUAGUCAUUCCUGAUGACUCAAAAGAUCGCCUGAUGAACCAACUGAUAGACCCAUCAGACAUUGAUGAGUCAUCGGUGAUGCAGCUGGCCGAGAUGGGUUUCCCUCUAGAAGCAUGUCGGAAGGCUGUGUACUUCACUGGAAAUAUGGGAGCUGAGGUGGCUUUCAACUGGAUCAUCGUUCACAUGGAAGAGCCAGAUUUUGCUGAACCAUUGACCAUGCCUGGUUACGGAGGGGCAACUUCUGCUGGAGCCUCUGUUUUUGGUGCUACUGGGUUGGAUAACCAGCCUCCGGAAGAGAUUAUAGCUAUCAUUACCUCCAUGGGAUUCCAUCGAAAUCAGGCCAUUCAGGCGCUACGAGCCACGAAUAGUAACCUGGAAAGAGCACUGGAUUGGAUCUUUAGCCACCCUGAGUUUGAGGAGGACAGUGACUUUGUGAUCGAGAUGGAGAAUAACGCCAAUGCCAACAUCAUUUCCGAGGCCAAGCCCGAAGGACCUAGAGUCAAGGAUGGAUCUGGAAUGUACGAACUGUUUGCAUUCAUCAGUCACAUGGGAACAUCCACGAUGAGUGGUCAUUACGUUUGCCAUAUCAAAAAGGAAGGAAGAUGGGUGAUCUACAAUGACCACAGAGUCUGCGCCUCAGAACGGCCCCCUAAAGACCUGGGCUACAUGUACUUUUACCGCAGGAUACCGAGCUAGACCUCAGACGUAUGAUCGGCAACAAGCCAUACGCCUUUUUAAUUUGCCAAAAAAAAAAAAAAAAAAGGAAAAACGGAGGUUGGGACAGCCACACAUGAAGGAAUACACGGGGGUAUUUAUAGUUUAUUUAAAGAACAUCCUUUGACGCCUUCUGAAAUAAGACUGGGAAGACAUUUCUAUUAGCGAUGAUACACUACUGUAGAUAAUUUUUCUUUUUAUAAAUGUUCAAGGAGAGAAUGGUUAAAAAAGAAAAGUAUUCCUAUUGCUGGAAGGGAACCUGCCACCAGCACAUCAAAGACAGGAAUGUGCCACCAGCCCUCUGUUUUGCUUUGGAGGUCAGUGGUGUGGCCUCACCCACAACAAAUGAAAAGCCCACUGUGGUUUCAUAUCCCAAAUCAGUAACUGGGCUGGGCUUUGUUUGUGACAUAAUUUUUUCAUUCAACACAGUAAUUUCUGACCUAUCCAUGUAUAGUAGAUUAGAGCAUCUGUAAUGAAAUAUUUUUAAUUUAAUCAAUUCGAGAUUCAGAAUACAAUUGUGCGACUGUGUGAGAGAAUGAGACCGGGAGUGUCGAGACCUUUAUGGUCAAGGAGGAAAUCUGUGGCGGGUUGGUUUUUAAAGGCUAAAACGGUUGGCAUUCAGCAUAGCUGGAACAGAGCAAGUAAAUAUUUUAAAGAAACUAUAACUCAGGAACAGUUUAAAAAAUUAGUUCCCCACUUAACAUUUUUGGCAUAAAAAGAACUAAGGUGUCCCUUUGAGUGCUGUCAAGGAUUCACUUGGGUUUGUGACAUUUGGUGGCGUAACCACACCAGAUGCCCACAGCAUCCUAGCAGUAUUCUUGGCCAAAGGUAGAUGAAUUCUGUUUCCCAGCAGCUCUCCCCCUAAGGCAUAAUGUGUAUUUUUAGCUGAUCACUUCUUCCUAUAAGGCAUGACAACUCCUUGGAAUCAUGUUAAGUGCCCCAAAUUCGUCUAUAAUUUUCUUGUCCCCGAAUUCUUUGCCUGCCUCGAUUUCUACAUUUUCUGAGGGCAGAGUCUCAUCUGUGUCCUGUCUUGGCUGCCUUGCCUUCACUGGGUGUCUGCUGCCACCAACAAUGUGAUCUUGGGCACUUUAAGGGUUUCAGAGGCAAAGACACUUGGUAUGCCGUUAUGAAAGGCCAUCAUUUCCAUCUGGUAUUUCAGCGUAUUAGUUGCAACCUAGGAUUAGAUCAGAAUUUCAAAUGUGAUGAAAACGUGGAAUGGUAAUGCUGUAGAAUUUUCCUACUGCCCUGUACCGAAUUCAGUCUCUCUGGAGUUUCUGUUACAGAUUAUUCAGUCAAAUGUAGAAGGAUUUGUUGCUGUCUGCUGAACAUGCAUAUGAGUGGUAAAAAGGACCUUGCUAGAAACUAUAGGACAAUAAAAUAGAAGCAGUUGGGUGAAAUGCAGCACAGGCAGUGGGUUAGGCCCUGGUGAGUUGUGAAUUGUCUGGCUGAGACGGGGCCUGUCUCACAGGAGAGCAGUGAGCACGGGGCCCGGAGCCCAGGGCCAUGCCCGGAGCCCGGGCCGCUGCUCCUAGCUGGGCACAUCUGCCAGCCUCUCUGUGCCUCACUUGCAUUGUCUGCACGAUGGAAUGGGGACACCUGCUCUUUUUCCAACUGUGCUUCAAAGACAUGGUGACAUGCGAUAUGACAAACCUUUGAAGAGUAGCAGGUGGUAUGCCCUGGUGGGUCCUAGUAGAGUGUGCUCCCUUCCUUUUCUCAUCCAAUGUUUUCUUCAAUUUGGGAACAAAUGAGAUUGGUGUAAGGAGGGAGCUCAUGGUGCAGUAAUUGUCUACUAAACUCUGCCCACCGGUGUCACAUGUGAACGCCGACUCGGAGGUCCUAAAGCAGCCCACCCCUUUACACGGGUCCUUGGUUCCUGUAGAAACCCCCAUGCUAAGCAGCCUUACAAAAUCUAGUGUCCUUAGGGCAGAAUGAGUAUCCUAGAAUAAUGACUCCAAACACACAUCGAAAAUGACCAGUUUUCAAUGCUAUUACAAAGCAAAGGCCUUUUUGGGGGGAUGUGGGGAGGUGAUUGGGGAUUUGGAUUGAACUGUGGACAAAGAUAACAGGUGUAUUUUGAACAAAAUAAAAAUUUUAUAAUAAAACUUUGCAUAAUGAAUGGUAUAAAAUCAAUAUAGAAAAUUAUAGACUAUACAAUAUUUAAUUAAAUAGAAAAAUUAAUUUAGCCCUUUUGAUGCCUAAAUGAUUUGUAAAAAAGUGUAACACGGCUGCCUUCUUUUCCUGCCUCAAAAAACAAAGGGCUAUUUCUACACGGCAAAGUUUUGUAUAUGUGCUAUUCUCUAUCUCAGAUGGACAAUUAGAGAAAAACUGGAGCAAAUAAUGAGUUUCUUUCUUGCUUAAAAAUGUAUUUGUAUGUAUUCCUUAGUAUAUACAAGGCAGGUUUCCCUGGAAUAAAUGUCUGGAACAUACCGCCUAACUUUA